GGGCGGGGGCUGUAAGGCGGGACCCCGGCACGGGGCCGCUGUGAGGAGAUGGGCGGCGGGCGGGCCUGAGCCGGCCCCGGCUUUGUGUUGAGGGAUGAAGGGAGGUUUUCCGGCUGCCUCAGGCAGGCAAUUUCGACUGCUGGUGGCAGAGGGAUCUGCUUCGUCUGGCGGUUUCUGCCCUGUGAGGGUCUGGGGCCCGGUUUGUGACAGGCUAGAAGAAUGUUCGAGGGAGAAAUGGCAAGUUUGGAAGCCAUCUUAAAGACACAAACUGUAAAAGUGCCUAAACCCAUCAAAGUUAUAGACGUGCCUGGGGGCACUACUCUGUUUGUGAUGGAACAUUUGGACAUGAGAGGCUUAAGCAGACAUUCAGCAAAGCUCGGAACACAACUGGCUGAUCUCCACCUUCAUAACCAGCAACUUGGAGAGAAGCUGAAGAAAGAAGAGAGCACAGUUGGUAAAGGUCAAGGGCAAAUGGAAGUCCAGUUUGUGGAUCAGUUUGGCUUUCAUACAGUUACCUGCUGUGGCUAUCUUCCACAGGUGAAUGACUGGCAGAAUGACUGGGUGACAUUUUUUGCCAAGCAGAGAAUCCAGCCCCAGAUGGACAUGAUCGAAAAGAAUUCAGGAGACAGAGAAGCAAGAGAACUCUGGGCACAACUUCAGCUGAAGAUACCCAGUUUGUUCUCUGAUGUAGAAAUUGUUCCUGCUCUCCUGCAUGGGGAUCUCUGGGGAGGAAAUGUGGCUGAGGAUGAUUCUGGUCCAAUUAUCUUCGAUCCGGCUGCUUUCUAUGGCCAUUCAGAGUAUGAGCUUGCAAUAGCUGGGAUGUUUGGUGGCUUCAGCAGUUCUUUUUACUCUGCUUAUCACAGUAAAAUUCCAAAAGCUCCAGGGUUUGAGAAACGCCUAAAGCUUUAUCAGCUUUUUCACUACAUGAACCAUUGGAACCAUUUUGGUACAGGGUACAGAGGGUCUUCUUUAAACAUUAUGAGAAACCUUGUAAAGUGACUUUCUGCUUAAGCAGAAUACUUUCUGUGUUGCUUGGGGAGCCCCAUACUUGGUGAUGCAACUCCAGGAGCAGUAAUGUUAAAAAAAACUACUAGACCCUUACCUUGCGGCACAGCUAAAGACCUAGAAUCAGAGAGUCCUGCUGAAUACCAAGCCUAACAUAGUCAUCCCUUUUUAGGAUAGUUGUAAAUACCUUUGAGGGAAAUCUAUGGAAGGAGUUUAUUCAGUUGCACAAAAGAUCUGUCAGCAUCAAGAAAGCAUUGUAUGCUUGAGACUAGGCAAGUUAAUAUUAAACAAGUACUCAAGUGUAAAGUACUUGGAAGAAGUACUCCCUUAGGGACCAGUCGUGCUUCAGAGUAGAGAAAUGCCAGGGUUUGCAUUUGCACCCUAAUGGCAAACGUUAGAGAAGUGUUUGUGAAACAGAAGUUUGCUUUUCUCAGUUACUGAGGAGAUGGCUAAAAAAGUUGCUCCUUGCUUUUUGCUGUUUGCCCCCCGCCUUUAUAAUGGAUUGCUCGGAUUCUUUCAGCUCUUCAUGUCCAGUUGUGUGCAUGAAAACAAUGUUAACAAAGUAUUUUGAAAGCCAACAAGAAAAUUGUAUAAUGGGAACUGUGAAAAAUGAUUUGGACUUGCUGUUAAUUAUACUAACGUGAUUCUACUGGAUGGAGAUUGUUUCCUAUUUUGUUACAAAGCUGUGUGAAAAUGCUUAUAAUUUUUUCUGACGUGCAUUUUGGUGCCUCAUGGCAUUCGUGUAGGCUGUUCUGUGCUUGCUGGUCCGUGGGCUCUUAUCUAUAGCAAUCUUGUUUUCACCAGAACUCAUUCUCUCUUCUUUUUUGGAUUAGGCUUUUGUCCAAUAAUGUACAUUCUUAAAGAUCUUUUCAGGUUAGACACUUUACAUCUAUACAUCCUAUGAAGAUGUACUCUCUUACUAACACAAGGAGAAGAUGCACUUUUGACUAUUCUCAUUGCACACACAAUAAUGUCAUCUGGUCAUGGUAAAUUUUCCCAUAAAUUCUCUGUAGUUGAGACUACAGGUGCCAUAAGAUAACGUUUUUCUUCAGUCCCCACUAAGUGCACUUUGUAGCUCUCUGGAUAAGAGACAUGAAACCAAAGGAAGUUAAAAUGUAACUCGCAGAACAGCAGCUCUACACCACUGCCAGAAGUUCUUGAAGAAUGGCUUGCAGCCCAGCUGUUUCUUGUACUUGCAAGAUGAUGAUACUAAAAUUCUACUCUUUUUGAUGUAGGCUGGUAAUGAUAUUUCAGUGCAAGCGUACCAGGUAGGUGAGAGAUGCAUGGUGAUUGCUAACAUGCAUUUUGAGUGUUUGGGAAUGACUUUUAAUUAAUUAAAGAUGUUUCUCACUGAAUUUUGGCAAUGGAGAGUUUUUUAGUUGCUGGUUUUGAAGUUUUUUAUAAGAAUUGGAAGGCAGUUUAGAAGUCUAUCACUUGAUAUAAUUCUACUACUCUUCUCCCUGGCUGUUUAACUUUUGCCACAAAAAGUUUUAAAGCCUUGCUUGGUAGAAUAGCUUUUACUUUUACCUUGUUGCUCAAAUAAAGAGUUUUCCAGCUGA